AUGCUCGACUCGUGUGGAGUUUGCUUCGGCGGUAACCGUAAUGUCGAUGGCUGUGGCAUGUGCUUUGGCAACAACCUGCUCCGCGACUCGUGCGGAGUGUGCCGCGGCGAGAACGAGGCGCUGGACUCGUGCGGAGUGUGCUUUGGCACCGAUCGGCAUCAGGAUGUGUGCGGCGUGUGCUACGGCAACUCGAGCAGCUGCGCCGGCUGCGACGGCGUCCCCAAUUCGGGUUUGGUCGUCGAUGAGUGCGGCGUGUGCGGCGGCUUGAGCGAGUGUCUCGGCCAAGGUGCUGGCGCGUCUGUGGCGUCGCCGUCACGCAUGCUGCCGAUUGUUGCUGGCUCGACGGCGUCGUUCAUGGUCUGCAUUGUUGCAGGUGUGGCCUUCCUCCUCAUUGUCCGUCGCAAGCGGGCUGCCAAGGUGUAUGUGGCCGAGAAGAUGGCGGCUGCAGCCGAGGAGGCGCCGAAAGGCGCGAUCGCCAUGUUCAUUUCGGACGUGCAGGCUUCGACGCAUCUGUGGGAGCACUACUCCGAGUCAAUGGAGAUCGCCAUUGACAUACACAACAAGCUCUUCCGGGAGCUGCUUGACAAGCACCGCGGGUACGAGGUGCGGACCGAGGGCGACUCGUUUGUGGUCGCCUUCCACACCGCAGCCGAGGCGGUGCGGACGGCGAUCGAGUUGCAGACCAAGCUGCUCGAUCUCGAGUGGCCGGCGGACGUGCUGCAGGACAGAAAGGUGCCUGUUGUGGAGGACGAAGCCACCGGCGAGCUGCUCUUCCGUGGGCUGCGUGUACGGAUCGGAAUCCACUGGUGCGAGCCGUCGCGGAGCUUCUCGGAGCGAACGCAGCGGUACGAGUACUUUGGUGGGGCGAUGAACGUGGCGCAGGUGGUGGGCGACUGCGGUGGCGGAGGCCAGAUUGUGGUCUCUGGCGACGCUGUCCGCCGCAUUGAUGUUGUCACUGCCAGUGAGCUCGGCGCUUCGCUCGAGCGGAUGGGCGUGUUCCGGCAUGUGAUGGAGACUGGGACGUCGUUUGAUGUGGAGCUGUACUCUGCAGUGCCCAAGAGCCUCGCCGGGCGCGGGUUCACCGCUGCCGAUCUCCGCGGCGUCGAGCUCGUUGCAGCAGACCUCGAUUCCCAGCCCAACCUGCACCGCACAACGUCGCAGACAACGCUUGUCUCCACCGACUCGCUGCCGUCGUUUGACAUCAACGCGGUUGUGUCGGCCAAGCUCGCCGAGCAGGCCAAGUCGGCUGCGGCGGACGCCGUGUGGUCGGGUGACUGGGCCCAAAUGACCAACCCGGACGAGAGCGAGAUCGACCCCACGUCGACCAAAGCCCGAGUUGCUGCUCUCCGAGAGCGUCUCGGCUCACGGCGGGCACGGUCGGCCCGUGCAGCUAUCCGCACGCGGGCGCUGUCGGCGUCUUCGCGCUCGCGAGCAGGCUCACGAAAAGCUGUUGUCUCGCCGCUGCAACGGCUUGCCACUGCUGCAUCGCUCCUGAUGCCCACGUCCGACGUCAAGGCGUCGGACGGAGAGGCGUCGGACGGUGAGGACGAUUCCUCGCGCCUCUCGUCGUCUUCGUCUCGCUCGACGGAGCCCUGGAUCUGCUGCUUCCCCCUCGGCGCGUCGCCCUGCAUCGCGGGCGCUCUCGGCGCUUUCGCGCAUUCGCUCAACGACCAGUUUGUCUCGGGCGCGGUCCUCGACUGUGAUUGCGCGCCCGGCGCUCUCCCGCGACCUCAACACCUCGUCACCGUCGCUGCGGCGUAA